UCUGUGAUGUAUUAGUCAGACAAUCAGAUUUAUUGACGUAGAUGAAGAGUUGACGGAUGUGGCAGCUGUAGGGUAUAGGACACACGUAUAGCCGAGGACAGUCACAUGAAUACUCAUUGUAUAUAUAUACACUCGUACAUUCUGGUUGUGUGUGUAUUGCUGUGGAUGUUUACAUCGUCAGACACUGACUCAUGGACUGGAACGUAAUUGGAUUUAACCGGAAGCGUCGAACCGGAAGAAUAAUCCCAACAGGAAGUGUGUGUUUGGAUGCGAGUUUGUUGUAGCAUAUCUAGGCAAUCGAUGUGUGAUGUGAUGGAAGACCGGGUCAGCAGACAUUAUGAUAUAUAGCAGAGAGCAAUGAUAACGGUAUCGCGGUCGAAUCCAAGUUCCUUCUACAUAAAGCCAAUAGUAGCGACGAGAAGGGAGGUAACUUUUGAUGAGGGUUUUAACAAGAUACAAGUAUGUUCAAAUCCGCGUGUUUCGUCCGUUACGGAGAACUAGACGGACGUUCUGUCUCGUGUUAUGUACAGUGUUGUUAUUCGGAUUAUUCACAUUGUUAUCGGACAUAUUCAACACAUCCGAUAGGUAUCGGACGUUUUCUAUGGUACCAUACAGCGGUAACUUAAGUGAACUGAGGCGACAAUCAUUAGUAAUAGGAGUCCCAAAAGGAGUUCCGAAACAUGCCCAUCAACACAUCAUCGUCCAAUCAAAGCAGUAUAGUCAUACUAAAAUUCAAACUCUUCUUGGACACGGCAAACUGAGACAACAGUCGCUAGUAAUAGCAGCCCCAAAAGGAGUUCCGAAACAUGCUCAUCAACACAUCACCGUCAAACCAAAUCAGUAUAAUCAUACUGGAAGCAUUCAACCUCUUAUCGGAUACGGCAAACCCUUGUCGCCAAAUUCAACCCAGCAGCUGAAAUUAUGGCCGAAUAUAUCACACGUAGUUCAGGGAGAAGUACAUCACGUGAACAUCACAUCACUGGAUAGUCGUCCACGUAACACAUCAACAGUGUCUAAAGAAAACGCUCCUAAACCAAGUAUUAAUUCCAAACCAAAAUCUAAAUAUUUGUCGUAUAAAGACAAUUUCUCCUACCCUCUUGAUAUCAAUCUAGUGGCUUUGGUGAAUGAUUCUCUAAAUGGACUAAAGUUCACACAACACAAACCAAUCAACCCGCACAAUUUUUGGUAUCUCCAUAAACCGUAUAAUUGUAAUUUCAAAUUGAAAAAGAAUGCAAGCAAGAACGUGCUUGUGUUGGUGAAGUCGUUUGCUGGUAACGUGGCGCAAAGGGUAGCGCUGCGGAAGUUAUGGCAGGCCACCAACGAUUCCAAUAUGAGACGGGCAUUCAUGCUCGGAUACAGCCGAACACACCAGCUUGCCGUGGACAACGAAAGCAGAAAAUAUCAUGACAUCAUACAGGAAAACUUUGUCGAUAAUUAUAUGAACAAUACAUUUAAAACCAUCAUGGCGUAUAAUUGGGCGACAAGGUACUGUCGCCGCGCGCAUGUCAUUCUCUUCCUAGACGACGACUACCUCGUAAACAUGACUGUCAUGGCGACCCACGUCAGGGCCACGUACAGGAAUCAGAGUUCUGGACUUUACGCUGGAACGCUAGCAAAACAUGCCCCGCCAUACCGGGACAAGAAUGAACGAUGGUUCCUAACCUACAAACAGUACCCGUAUGACGAAUUCCCGCCCUAUGUGGGCGGUGGUGCUUAUGUUGUGUCGUUUGAUGUAGCCAAACGGUUUAAAUUUGCUUUUCCAUAUGUGCAAUAUAUGGGUAUUGACGACGUAUUUUUGGGUAUUGUGGCUCGAAAAUUGGAUAUAAACCCAAAGAAUGACCCAUAUCUCGAUAGCCAUAGUAAAAUCACUAUCGCAAAGGAGUGUUCCCACAACGCUACCGAACUACUCCACGGAGUAUGUCCACUGCGCAUGGCCAAAAAGAAAACGGUUCGGGUGGUCAAACGAGCCAAACAUAGACCGGUCAACGCAGUGAUCUUUGUUAUAUUCUUCGGGCUAGCAAUAAGUACCAUUGUACUGUUGACAUGUUGUUUAUCUGAAUAAUUGAAUCAGAUUAAAUCAGAUUUGUUUAAAAAUA